ACAAUAGUUGGGACGGACCGUCGUUAUUAUUGUUCCGCUGCAAACUUUGUCAAUCGUUUGUAUGUAUUUUCCUGUUGGCGCUAUCUUGAAUAUUGAUCUGAUGAAACAGGAAAGCAUAACUCAGACAGAAUACUGGAUUGAUUAUGGGUAUUUUGAUUAUUAAAGAAAAGAAAUCAAGAUAACCUGUAGCUAUAGCUAGCUUACACAUUAUUUAUCUUGAAUGCAGAGGAGUUGCUAGCUAGUAGCGAACUGCUCUACUAGUAGCUAACUAAGUCAGACUUCUAUGUUGGAGACCCUUGACUAUUGAGUGAGUGUCUAGCUAGCCUUAUUGACUUACUAAUCAUCUGGUUGACUUGACGUCAGAAUCGCGAGUGUGUGUUAUAUAAAGUUGUAACGUUAGAGAUGUCGGAGAGGAGGAGGGACAGCCGUAGCUGGGACUGGGACAGCCCUCAGUGCCGAGCUCAGAUGGAUCAGAUUUUCUUCCGCCAGCAUGACUACAUCCAGAACGGAACCACGGAACACAAAGAGUUCUGGGGCUUCUUCGACCGCUUCCAGAGGUUCAAAACCAGGAAGGACAUGUCAGGGGGCAGCACGAAGGAAGACAUGGAGGAGGGCAGAGACAGGAAGAAGACUGUAGAUCUGGGUCUGCCUAAGGAAUAUGACGCCCGCUAUCGGAUCAACGUGUCCGUUUGUACCAAAGACGCAGAGGAGAGGCUGGAGACGGGGAGGUCUGAUCAGAGACACAGCCACAGACAGAGCUCCUCCGGCCCAGGGAGUCAGGUGGUCGCUGACUGUCGCCUGGCGUUGCUGCACUUCCUGGACUUCUGCCAAAGGCAGAGCUUUGGGAAGCUGGUCAAGCUGAGGACGGAGCAGAAAGCCCUUCCCAUCUUCCAGUACCGGGACCGGAUCGUGGAGUUGGUGCGGGCCAACCCGGUAGUAGUGGUGGCGGGGGAUACAGGCUGUGGGAAGUCCACCCAGGUCCCCCAGUACCUCCUCUCCUCUGGGUUCAGUCACAUAGCCUGCACUCAGCCUCGACGGAUCGCCUGUAUCUCCCUCGCCAAGAGGGUCAGCUUCGAGAGUCUCAACCAGUACGGCUCCAAGGUUGGGUACCAGAUCCGUUUCGAGGGGACCCGUACCCCGUCCACCAAGCUGUUGUUCCUGACAGAGGGGUUACUACUGAGACAGAUCCAGGCUGACCCGGCCCUGGAGCAGUACCAGGUUUUGAUUGUUGACGAGGUGCAUGAGAGACACCUCCACUGUGACUUCCUCCUGGGAGUACUGCGCUCCCUCCUGGCCGCCCGCCCCGACCUCCGCCUGGUCCUCAUGUCCGCCACCAUCAACAUCAAACUCUUCUCCAGCUACUUUAAUACUGCACCUGUGCUGCAGGUCCCGGGCAGGCUCUUCCCUAUACAGGUGAUCUACCAGCCCACCCCACCAGAGGAGCAGCCGUCCCGCUCUGAGAAGUUGGACCCCCGGCCAUACCUCCGGGUGCUGCAGGGCAUCGACCAGCGCUACCCGCCCGAGGAGAGGGGCGACCUGCUCCUGUUCCUCAGCGGCGUGGCAGAGAUAUCCACCAUCUUGGAGGCAUGCCAGGCCUACGCCACACACACCAAGCGCUGGAUCGUCCUGCCCCUCCACAGCACCCUGUCCCUGGUACAGCAGGAUAAGGUGUUUGACAUCUCUCCUCCAGGAGUGAGGAAGUGUAUCAUCUCUACCAACGUAGCAGAGACAUCAGUCACCAUCGACGGGGUGCGCUUCGUAGUCGACUCAGGCAAGGUGAAGGAGAUGAGUUUUGACCCGAAGGCUAAGAUGCAGCGUCUGCAGGAGUUCUGGAUCAGUCGAGCCAGUUCAGAGCAGAGGAAAGGCCGAGCCGGCAGGACAGGUCCGGGGGUGUGUUACCGGCUCUACUCUGAAUCUGACUAUGAGGCCUUCGCACCUUACCCCGUCCCAGAGAUACACAGGGUGGCCCUGGACUCCCUCGUACUACAGAUGAAGAGUAUGAGUCUGGGAGACCCACGGUCCUUUGUGUUCAUCGACCCUCCUCCUGCGGCCAGUAUCCAGACUGCAGUAACCUACCUCAGGGAACAGGGGGCGCUAGACGCUAGAGGAGAACUCACCUCUAUAGGCAGCCUGCUGGCACAGCUACCUGUUGACGUGGUCAUAGGUAAGAUGCUGGUGCUGGGAUCAGUGUUUAACUUGGUGGAGCCGGUGCUGACGGUGGCUGCUGCCCUCAGUGUCCAGUCCCCAUUUCUCCGCUCGGCCCAACACAACCCCGACUGUGCCACAGCACGCCAGCCCCUGCACUCCAACCAGGGAGACCCCUUCACCCUGCUCAACACCUUCAACGCCUGGGUGCAGGUGAAGGGAGAGCGGGGCGGUGCCAGCAGGAAGUGGUGCCGGAGGAGAGGACUGGAGGAACAGAGACUUUAUGAGAUGGUCAACCUACGAAGACAGUUCAAGGAGCUGUUGCGUAGCCAUGGUCUGUUGGAGGUGCUGGAGGAGAGGGCUCCCUCUGGUGGCGAGCGCGGGAAGCGCAGGGAGAGGUUGACCGAGAGGAGGAAGUUACACCAGCUGAAGAGAGAGCAUGACCUGGCAGAGGGCGGCAGGAGGAAGGUCCUAAGACUAGAGGAGGGCCAGGACGGGGAUGGGGAUUCGGGGUCGGACACAGAGCAGGGCACGACGGGACGGGACGGGAAGGACAAGGAGCAGACAGGGGGACACAACCUGGACAUACAGGAAGUGAAGUUCAAGCUUCGCCACAACGUGUCAGAGCUCCAGGAAGCGGCGUCGGCCAGCCAGGACCUGUCGUCAAGGCAACAAGCCCUUCUGAAGCUGCUGCUUUGUCGAGGCCUUUACCCCCAGCUGGCACUGCCAGACGAACACAACGCCAACCGCAAGGACUCAGAACAGGUGUUCCACACCCGUAACAAGCAGGGGGUAGUGAUCCACCCCACCAGUGUGUUUGCCAGCGACCCAGAGGUGCUGCACGUCCCCGAGGAGGGGAACAGAGAGGGACCUGAUAAGGGGGAGAGCAGCAGACACCAGCUCCUAGCCUUCGUUACUCUACUAGAGACCAACAAGCCUUAUGUAUCCAACUGUGUCAGAGUCCCAGCCCUGCAGGCCCUGUUGCUGGUAGCUAAUUCCUUGGACAGUAACGCUGACUGUACCAGGCUGGUGGUGGACGGCUGGUUGGAGGUAGGGCUGACAGGAGAAGGGGCUCUGAAGGUUCUGUCCUCCUCCCUCAGCCUCAGGGCUGACUGGGAGCGCCUCCUGCUAGCCCAGCUGGGACAGGGCACCCUGGGGGCCGGAGCGGGGAGCAGGUCCAAGGCUGGGGGAGGAGAGGGGCUGGGGGUGCCUGGCCUCUCCCGUAAAGACCUGGAGAAACUCAGUGAAGGACUGGUCCGCUUCCUGCUGUACACCGAGGUGAGCUACAGUCUACGUCGUCUGACAGGCCUGCAGGUACAGAACCUGUACGUAGGUCCCCAGCCCCAGACGGAGCUCUCCGAGCCCCACGCCCCAAACCCUCUUUUCCCUGGGGUGGAGGCACAGCCUGACCCCAUCAAGGGAGGCCUCCGAGUCACCAAAUACUUCACCUAUAACUGCCUCACUGACUCUAAGGACCUCUACAGUGAGUGUCUGCGUAUGUUCUGGUCCUGUCCCCACUGUGACCUGUACAGUCCUGUCACGCCGCUGGAGAGGAUGAGCCACGAGGUCACCUGCAGGCCGCCCGGGGAACAGCAGGACAACCAGGACAAAGAGGGUGACAAUGUGAAGGUAGCCUCCUCUUCCUCCUCUGUGUCCAGUCUGGUCAGAGUCUACCACUGUGAUGUCUGUGACAAGGAUCUGACGCUCACUUCUACAGAGAUCCUCAAACACAAGAGACAGCACAUGCACUCUGGACGUUGAAACAGAGUUCCUUAAACACCAAGAGACAGCACAUGCACUCUGGACGUUGAAACAGAGAUCCUUAAACACCAAGAGACAGCACAUGCACUCUGGACGUUGAAACAGAGAUCCUUAAACACCAAGAGACAGCACAUGCACUCUGGAUGUUGAAACAGAGUUCCUUAAACACCAAGAGACAGCACAUGCACUCUGGACGUUGAAACAGAGAUCCUUAAACACCAAGAGACAGCACAUGCACUCUGGACGUUGAAACAGAGUUCCUUAAACACCAAGAGACAGCACAUGCACUCUGGACGUUGAAACAGAGUUCCUUAAACACCAAGAGACAGCACAUGCACUCUGGACAUUGAGCAACACUAAAGUUUCCUACCUAGAACACCUGAUCAGGACAAAGUAAUGGCCUUCAAUUAACUGCUAUGGAAAUCAAUUACCUGAAGGGGUUUUCUGGUGAAUAAUGCAAUGGACCAUUUGUUUUAUAAUAAAAUCAAGAGUCACGCCUCUUUCUUCUCAUCA